AUGGGGUGUUGCUGUCGUAGAUAAAAAAAUCCUACAAAUAUCUUGAGUAAUUAAGUGCGAAUAAUCCCUUAAUUAAAAAAACCUGAAGAAUUACUAGCGUAACCUGUUGUUAUUCCAGACUCGCCAAAGGGUUUGAAGUCUAAAAAAAAAGAAUUAGAUAUUAGAACGAUAGAUUUACUAGAAAUGUCACAUGUAAUGGAUCAUUUAUCUUAAACUUCAAUUAAAUCUGAUGAGUCAAUUAUAAACAAAUUUUAGUAAAAAAUUGAAGAACUUGAAUAAGAAUAGGAGUAGUUUAAUAACAAAAAAACAUCAAUUGAAACAUAAUUAGUUAAUUCCUUUGUUUCAGAUUAAACCUAAUCAUAAAACUAUUCAAAUAAUCCUGAACUUAUUGGAGUUAAAAUAAAAAAUCGCAAUAUUUGCGAUAUCUAAAAUAAAUAUGAUUUCUCUGAAGUAAAAGAUUUUACAGAAUAUCGAGGAUAGAUUUACAUAGAGAGAUUAAUUUAAAAAUAAAAAUCUUCUAUUUGCACAUAUAUAGGUAAGAUAGAACAAAAAUAUUGUUGUGUCAAAUUAAUACCUAUGGCAAAACAAAUACAUAUUGAUAAAUGGAUAAAAAGUGUUUAAAUUGCUCAGCAAUAAAUAAAUAAUUAUUUUUUUCAGAAAUACUGCUAUUAUAAAAUUGAAAAAAUAAAAGAAUAGCCAGAAUAUUGCAAUUGCUUUAUUCUUUGCAAUUUAGAGCAAUUUAAUGUUUAUACUUUUAGCCAUCAUUAAGCUAUAACCUUUAGAGAAAAAGUGUCAGUUGCUCCUGAUAUCAUCUAAAUUAUCUGGUUUGCUUUAUAGGAAUAUGAUUAAAAACACUAAUCUAAUCCUGAAAAAUUAUCAGAUUAGAUAUUUAAAACAAUGUUUACAGUGAAGAGAAAUAAUAUUUUGAUAUCCAGGUGCAAAAUAGAAAAAAAAUUAAAAGCAAUCCUUUCUGAUUGGCAAUUAUUACUCCCGGAAUUUGAACAGAUCAUUCCUAACAAAAUAUUGUAAAAUUAAGAUAACCUUUUUGAGACACUUUAAUAAUAAUAAAUUAGUCAAAUAUUAUACUAAAAUAAUAGAAAUCUAGCAUAGAUAGCCCCAAAUUCAUAAAAUCUUUAAGACCAAAUUUAACUAGGAAUUAUGAACAGAUAGUCGUAGUUAGUUGAUAAGUUCUCAAAAUACCUUAUGAAACUAUUAUUUUUCAGAUCUAAUUUUGAGUUACUAAAUGAUGUAAGCUUGGAUGGAUUUUUUAAUCAAAAUGAAUUUUAAAAUAAGUGCGAAAUUUUAAGACCAAUUGAGAACCAGGAUUUAUUAUUAUAAAAAGAAAAUUGA